AUGUUCCGCUGCCAACCAACCCGCACCCUCCUCCAACGCGCCACCUACCUCCGCUCCCACGGCUGCCACCCCUCCACCCUCUCCCGCCCCCUCACCACCACCACCCCCUUCCUCGCCCAAAAGGACGCCCAGGACAAAGACUCCCUCAACCCCCGCUCCACCGAGUACUCCAAGUCCGGGGGCGGCGACGACGCCGCGGCGCACACGGACGCCGCAUUCAACCCCAACAAGACGCGGCCCGAGGAAGAAGGGCAGCACGAGAAUCCGCUGGAGACGAGCCCGGGGAAUAAGGAGGUUAGCAAGGCGAGGAAGGAGGAUGAGGGCGGGGCGCAGGGGUCGCCGAGGAGGAGUACGAGUAGUAAGGGGAGUGCGCCGAAGGCGGGGGGUGGGAAGUCGGGGUGA